AUGGACUUGUUGUCCGGGACGUAUAUAUUUGCGGUCCUGUUAGCAUGCGUCGUGUUUCAGUCUGGCGCCCAGGAGAAGAACUACACGGUCCGAGAAGAAAUGCCAGAAAACGUCCUGAUAGGCGACUUGUUGAAAGACCUCAACUUGUCGCUAAUUCCAGACAAGUCCUUGACAUCUCCCAUGCAGUUCAAGUUAGUAUACAAGACUGGGGAUGUGCCACUGAUUCGGAUUGAAGAGGGUACUGGUGAGAUCUUCACUACUGGCGCUCGCAUCGAUCGUGAGAAAUUAUGUGCCGGUAUCUUGAUGGAUAACCGUUGCUUUUAUGAAGUGGAGGUUGCCGUUUUACCGGAUGAAAUAUUUAGACUGGUUAAGAUACGUUUUCUGAUAGAAGAUAUAAAUGAUAAUGCACCGUUAUUCCCGGCAACAGUUAUCAAUAUAUCAAUUCCAGAGAACUCGGCUAUAAACUCUCGAUAUGCUCUCCCAGCGGCCAUUGAUCCUGACAUAGGAAUAAACGGAGUUCAAAACUACCAACUAAUUAAGGGUCAAAACAUUUUUGGGCUCGAUGUCAUUGAAACACCAGAAGGAGACAAGAUGCCACAACUGAUUGUUCAAAAGGAGCUAGAUAGGGAAGAGAAGGAUACCUAUGUGAUGAAAGUAAAGGUUGAAGAUGGUGGCUUUCCUCAAAGAUCCAGUACUGCUAUUUUGCAAGUAAGUGUUGCUGAUACAAAUGACAACCACCCAGUCUUCAAGGAGAAAGAGAUUGAAGUCAGUAUACCAGAAAAUGCUCCUGUAGGUACUUCAGUGACACAGCUCCAUGCCACAGAUGCAGACAUAGGUGAAAAUGCCAAGAUUCAUUUCUAUUUCAGCAAUCUAGUCUCCAACAUUGCCAAGAGACUAUUUCACCUCAAUACUACCACUGGACUUAUCACAAUCAAAGAACCACUGGAUAGGGAAGAAUCACCAAACCACAAGUUACUGGUUUUGGCAAGUGAUGGUGGAUUGAUGCCAGCAAGAGCAAUGGUGCUGGUAAAUGUUACAGAUAUCAAUGAUAAUGUCCCAUCAAUUGACAUAAGAUACAUCAUCAAUCCAAUCAAUGGCACUGUGGUUCUUUCAGAAAAUGCUCCACUCAACACCAAAAUUGCUCUCAUAACUGUGACAGAUAAGGAUGCUGACCAUAAUGGCAGGGUGACGUGCUUCACAGAUCAUGAAGUCCCUUUCAGAUUAAGGCCAGUGUUCAGUAAUCAGUUCCUCCUAGAGACUGCUGCGUUUCUUGACUUUGAGUCCACAAGAGAAUAUGCCAUUAAAUUACUGGCCGCAGAUGCUGGAAAACCUCCUUUGAAUCAGUCAUCCAUGCUCCUUAUCAAAGUGAAAGAUGAAAAUGACAAUGCUCCAGUUUUCACCCAGCCUUUCAUAAGUCUUUCUGUUCCUGAGAAUAACUCUCCUGGAACCCAGUUGACGAAAAUAAGUGCAACGGAUGCAGACACUGGGCGUAAUGCUGAGAUCAGUUACCUUUUAGGUGCUGAUGCACCACCUGAAUUCAACCUAGACCGUCGAACAGGCAUUCUGACUGCAGUGAAGAAGUUAGAUAGAGAAAAACAGGAAAAAUAUUACUUCACAGUUCUGGCAAAAGAUAAUGGGAUGCCACCCUUAGUGACCAAUGCCACAGUCUUUGUGACCGUUCUUGAUCAAAAUGACAACAGCCCAAUUUUCACUCACAAUGAGUACAAUUUCUAUGUUCCAGAAAACCUUCCAAGACAUGGGACAGUAGGACUAAUCACUGUAACUGAUCCUGAUUAUGGAGAGAAUUCUGCAGUCACUCUCUCCAUUUUAGAUGUGAAUGAUGACUUCACCAUUGAUCCACAGACAGGUGUCAUACGACCAAAUAUUUCAUUUGAUAGAGAAAAACAAGAAUCUUACACUUUCUAUGUAAAGGCUGAGGAUGGUGGUAGGGUCUCACGUUCUUCAACUGCCAAAGUAACCAUAAAUGUGGUUGAUGUGAAUGACAACAAACCAAUUUUUGUUGUCCCUCCUUCCAAUUACUCCUAUGAAUUGGUUCUACCAUCCACUAAUCCAGGCACAGUGGUCUUCAAGGUAGUUGCUGUUGACAAUGACACUGGCAUGAAUGCAGAGCUUCGCUACAGCAUUGUAGGAGGAAACACCAAAGGUCUGUUUAUAAUUGAUCAAACAACAGGCAACAUCACACUGAAGGAGAAAUGCGUUGUUGCAGACCUUGGUUUACACAGACUGGUAGUCAAAGCUAAGGAUUUAGGACAACCCGAUUCUCUUUUCAAUGCUGUAAUUGUUAAUCUGUUCGUGAAUGAGUCAGUAACCAAUGCUACACUGAUUCAUGAACUGGUGCACAAAAACAUAGAAGCACCAGUGACCCAAAAUAUUGAGACAGCUGAUGCAUCUUCGCCAACCAGUGACUAUGUCAAGAUUAUGGUUGCCAUUGUUGCUGGCACCAUAACAGUCAUCCUAGUUAUUUUCAUCACUGCUGUAGUAAGAUGUCGCCAAUCGCCACAUCUUAAGGCUGCUCAAAAGAACAAGCAGAAUUCUGAAUGGGUUACUCCAAACCCAGAAAACAGGCAGAUGAUAAUGAUGAAGAAAAAGAAGAAGAAGAAGAAGAAGCAUGCCCCUAAGAACCUGCUGCUUAACUUUGUCACUAUUGAAGAAACGAAGACAGAUGAUGCUGACAAUGAUGGAAACAGUGUCACACUAGACCUUCCCAUUGAGUUAGAAGAGCAAACCAUGGGCAAGUACAACUGGGGCACUACACCUACUACUUUCAAGCCCGACAGCCCUGAUUUGGCCCGGCACUACAAAUCUGCCUCUCCACAGCCUGCCUUCCAGAUCCAGCCUGAAACUCCCCUGAAUUCAAAGCACCACAUCAUCCAGGAACUGCCUCUCGAUAACACCUUCGUGGCCUGUGAUUCCAUCUCCAAGUGCUCCUCCAGCAGUUCCGAUCCCUACAGCGUUUCUGAGUGCAGCUAUCCAGUGACAACCUUCAAGACCCCUGUGUCUGUACACACCAGACCGCCAAUGAAAGAGGUUGUACGAUCUCGAACGCCCACAAAAGAGUCAACAACUGUGGAGAUCUGGACUCAUCCCCAACCACAGAGGAAAUCUGAGGGGAAAAAGGCAGAAAAGUCCCAGCGGCGUGUCACAUUUCACCUACCAGAAGGCUCUCAGGAAAGCAGCAGUGAUGGUGGACUGGGAGACCAUGAUGCAGGCAGCCUUCCCAGCACCUCCCAUGCCUUGCCCCUUGGCUAUCCUCAGGAGGAGUACUUGGAUCAUGCCGCACCCAACAACCGCACUGAAGGGGAUGGCAACUCUGAUCCUGAAUCUACUUUCAUUCCUGGACUAAAAAAAGCUGCAGAAAUAACUGUUCAACCAACGGUGGAAGAGGCCUCUGACAACUGCACUCAAGAAUGUCUCAUCUUGGGCCACUCUGAUACCUGCUGGAUGCCAGCUUCUCUGAUCCAUUCCAGUCUUUCACAGUCACAGGCUUCUGCUCUAUGCCACAGCCCACCCCUGACACAGACCUCUGCUCGCUGCCGCAGCCCUCCAGUGACACAGACCUUUGCUCUCUGCCACAGCCCUCCAGUAACCCAGGCUAUUGCACUGUGCCACAGCCCUCCACCUGUACAGGCCUCUGCUCUUCACCACAGUCCUCCUCUAGUGCAGGCUUCUGCACUUCGCCACAGCCCACCACCAGCACAAGCCUCAGCCCUCUGCUACAGCCCUCCUCUGCCACAGGCUGCUGCCUUCCGUUGCAACCAGGCCCAGCCACCAAUGAGUUUGCAGCAAGGUUGGAUGCAAGGGGCUGGAACUGAUGGACUACGUUCUCUUGAUCAGGGAGUGCAAGGUAGUACAAGAUCUCAAUUUUACACCAUGUCUGAAAGACUUCAUCCCAGUGAUGACUCAAUGAAAGUCAUUCCCUUGACAACCUUCACUCCUGGCCAACAGGGAAGACCCUCUCGGGGUGAUUCUCCCAUUAUGGAAGAACAUCCCUUGUAA